CGCUAUCUACAUUUCCCUUCUUAAACCACCAGUUCACCCGAAGCGAAGUUGGGCUUUUACCGUUUUAUACGGUUCACAGCUCAAACGCUGAUCAAUCUAUCUGAUUCGAUCAUGUCAAGCCUUGAAAUCAAAACAGAGGCAUCUGCAGCACAGCAAGCUAAUGUUAUUUGUCUCAAUUUCUCUGCGCGAGAAGAGUCCUUCUCGUUGUUGAUGUGAGAGAUGUUGGAAGGUGAGGGGCUGGGGAGGAGAGAUGGGGUCCCAGGAAGGCCAUACCACAGGCGCUAGGCCGUCGUGGGUUCGACUAUCCGCACUUGUGGUUUUGAGUAAUUACGACUGCGCUGCUGUGCACAGAAUAACUUGUUGGGUUGUUAAGACUUAAAAGUUAAAACUUAAAAGCAGUCUUUAAAACUUAAUAAAACGCUAGUUGCAUUUGCUCUUUUGCUAUGACAACAUUUCAGCGCUACUCUGUAAAUCUGCUGCUUAGAUUGUGGUGGAGUUUGCCACUCGGGUCUCGAAACUUCUGACUCAGCUGCACAAAUCCGUCGCACGCUUGCUUGGAAUCUCUUUUGUGCGGAGAAAUGUCAUUGUUUGCCGAAGAAGCCAUGUUGCCAGAAAGAUGAUUUGAUUGAGUGAAAACUGCCCCCUCCGUCUCUCUGAUGGCUCCCCCGGUUCCCUCGUAGGACCUCUUAGGGCGUUGUUGCAUCCCGUGAAACCCACAUUCGUCUGGGUGGACGGGAAAGGCUGGCUUGAAGGUCUGUAAUUUCGCCUUUUGCCACAAUGAAGGGAAGCAUUUCUCACAGACGUCCGGCUGCAGAGCAGUCAGGGCGGGGCACCCACCAGAGAUGGAAAGUACUGUGCAGCUCUGACAGCCAAGCCAGUAGCGUCUCCUCUGCCUGCCCAGUCCCUGCGGCAGAGCUUCGCGAUGUCCUUAAGCGGGUUUUUGGCUAUCCCAGCUUCAGGGGUCCUCAAGAAGAUGCCAUCUGUGCAGUCCUUUCAGGACGAGACUGCUUCUGCUUGAUGCCAACGGGAGGGGGAAAGUCGUUGUGUUAUGAGUUGCCUGCUGUGGUGAAACUGGGAGUUACUUUGGUCGUCUCUCCGUUGAUAGCCCUGAUGGAGAAUCAGGUCAGUGCACUGAAAAAGAAGAACAUAGCCGCCGAGUUCCUAUCGUCCACACGUGAAGCUUCUGACCGGAGGAAGAUAUAUGAGGACAUCGAUUCAGGAAGACCAACCGUCCGACUUCUUUAUGUCACCCCAGAGCUCAUUUCCACGGAUGGCUUUAUGGGUAAACUGCAGAAGAUGCAUGGAAGGGGGUUGCUGAAUUUGAUUGCAAUCGAUGAGGCGCAUUGUAUCUCAUCGUGGGGUCAUGAUUUCAGACCAAGUUAUCGGAAGUUGUCUGCACUCAGGUCCGCGCUAGCUGGUGUGCCAAUCUUGGCACUGACAGCCACCGCGGCCAAGGCAGUUCGAGAUGACAUCAUACGCUCGCUCCGUCUUCAUCAACCUGUGGUUCUGAUGUCGUCUUUCAACCGUCCGAACAUAUUCUAUGAAGUCAGAUACAAGGAACUGUUGGGGGACCCAUACAAAGACCUUGUCCGUACGCUGAGGAUGUUUCCGGGCCAGUGUGCGAUCGUCUAUUGUCUUGCCCGCAACACAUGCGAUGACAUUGCCAGUCGCCUCCUAAGUGAAGGCGUCCCAUGCAAUGUCUAUCAUGCGGGUAUGAAGGAUGCCUCACGGAGCAAAUCCUUGACGGAAUGGACAAGUGGGAAGGUAAACAUUGUCAUUGCCACAGUAGCAUUCGGCAUGGGGAUUGACCGAGCUGAUGUGCGUCUUGUGUGUCACUUCAAUGUGCCGAAAACUCUGGAGGGUUUCUAUCAAGAGUCUGGACGGGCUGGGCGUGAUGGCAGUCCUGCCCGUAGCCUUCUUUAUUAUGGCCUGGAGGACUGCCGGACCAUGCAGUUCAUUCUGCGGAAGGAGGUAAACAAACAGAAGAAGUCACAUGGCGAUAAACAAGCUGCGCAGCAUGGCGUCGAUGCAUUUUCAGAGAUGGUGAAAUACUGCGAGGAAGUAAGUUGCCGAAGGCAGAAAGUCCUUGGUCAUUUUGGCGAGAAAACCACUCCUGCGUUGUGCAACAAAACAUGCGACGUUUGCAAGUUUCCCAGUCGCGUGGAGAACGACGUGAACUCUCUUCGUAACACAGCACUGAUGCGAGGACGAGGAGGCACCGAUAGAGUGUUUAUCCAAUCUGGAGAGGACCGUGUCUUUCAUGGCACAAGAGCGAGCGAGUUCUGGGAAAGUGGUGAGGACAGUGCAGAGGGAGCUGAGUCGAUCUCGAGCUCUGAUGACGACGUUGAAAAGCAAGCUGCAAGUGCAGCGCAGGCGGCAGUUGGUAGGGCAAGCAACAUCGAUCAGCGACUGAAGCAGCUCAUGGCCGCUGAGGAGCGCUUCUCUGCAGCCUGCAAAAGGCCGGCUGGCGAAAUGCGUCAUGCACUCACCGAGAGCUCCCGGGAGACUGCAAGGCAAAGGCUGACGAUGUCGCUGGAGAAGAGUGUUCAGAAUGAAAAGUCGGGGUACCGCGAGUCACCAGAUGCGACAAUCAUGGCAUUGGCAUUUGAGGAAGACCUUUUUGUGAAGUACGGCAAGAAGGGAAGACCUGUUUACAACUCCCAGAUGGCAAGCAUGGUGAGAUGGCUUGCUACAGCCUCAGCCACUCAGGUCCAGGAUCGAUUUCGGGAGUGCGGAGCACUUGUCGGUGUCACACCGCGUCUCACGGGUGUAUGCUCACCUGUCAAUUGCCCAACUGGGCAAGGACAUACAGCGGUGGUAUCCGAUGGGGGAAGGGGGAACGCAGCUACAGAAGGAGCUGCUGGGGAGGAGAAAGAAGUGGGGAUGAAUGGUAAUCAUAGUGGGAAAGCAAAUGCAUGUGGUGUAGGAAGAGCACGACCUUCAGGAGGGAUGCAUGAGAAGGAAGUUACACCACCGGGAGACGAACAACAACUAGGAGCGGAGGCGAGGCCAGGAGCAACAACGGGACUAAGGACGCCGGGAUUGAAGGAGGGGAUAGAGUCAAAAACCAAUGGUGAUUGCAAUGCGAAAGGGGCUGGGGGAGAGGUAGCAAAGACUGGAGCGUCAGGAAGGCUGGGAGAGGGAGGACACGAAGGAGGAGGGGAAACGACAGCAGUUAAAAUAACACGAUUGCAAGAAGCAACAGCGAUCACGGGGUCAGAUGAUGGACUCACACAUGGAAAACCAAGAGAAGGACAAGUAGCAGAAGAGGGUGGCUCAUGUGAACUGCCAGGAUCAGUCGUAAACGCAUCGAGCGGAAGAGGAGGAGCAGAGACAUCAAUGGAGAAGACAAAUGGAGCUGCCGACUGGGGUCAAGAACAGGGAAGAGAGGUCAUGCAAGCCAAAGCAUCAAACGGUGAAGGGGUUGUCAAUCCAUUAGGCAGGGAGAAGUCCAGAAAAGAGGAGGGCCCUGGUUCGGCACCAGCAGGAGUUCCUGCGGAAAAUGCCUCGAAUGAGGAUACUGCAACGGAACCUUUAAGACCUCGGCCGAAGAUUUUGUCCUUCGGUGAGUUUCUGAAAAAUAAACAGGAGGCUAAACGACAGAGUGCUCAGGCGGAACACAUUGCGUCAAAGCGCAGAAGGGAGGAGCAGUCCUCCCAUGCGCAAGGACGCAAGCGACACCCAUCCACAGUACGCAGGGAGAGGGCAGAGCAAUUGUCCUCUGAUGCAGAAUCCAAGCGCCGCUGGCCUCAGGUGUAGCUGCCAACAGAGGAGAAUCUUGCGUUAUGUCUGAUACAAUAUCAAGCACACGGGUAUGGGGAUAUGUAUAAACGUUGCGUAUGGGUCUGGUUAUGCUCAAUGCAGGUGGAAAGGAUCAUCAUGCGGGAUGAUAUGUGUAAUGAGGCUGUGUCAUCGGACACAUUUUCUGCUGUAGGAUUCAUUCAACUCCACAGGUUUUUCCCUCCCUUUGCUUAGAAUUGGCCACAAGUUUGUACUCAAGUUCCAACAAGAAUAAAGGAGGUAGGAGUGUAGGAAAUAAAUAACAGAUGGAAAG